AUGUCUGAUACUAUCAACAUUCAAGACAUGAAUGCCAAGAUGCAGGCUCUACUUGAGCAUGUUCCCCCCUACAACCCCACCACGCAGAAAUAUAGUACCCACCCUCAGUGCAAUCCCCCUAACCGGCACCCAACAAUCUACUUCUUGUACGACUUUGUUCGCAACAGCCACAACCAGCUGAAGGCUGUCGACGCUGCCAAGUACGCUGCCGGCGACAACGCUGCCAAGGUAGCCGUAGACGAGAUCGAUGGCCGCAAUAUGUUUGCUAAUACGCUUAUCAAUGACACUACUGGAAAGCUGGCCAUGCUGACCGGCGGCGACCCCUCCAACCCUGUUGAUUUCGGCCCCGAGAUCAAGGCCAAGGCGCUCAUUUUGAUUCAGUAA